AUGAGCGACGUACCUGACAGCCCCGCGGAAGCACCGCGGAUACGCCGGCCGGCCGGCGCCACACGCAAGCGGCGCGUCGUCGGUCGCGGUUCGGCCGGCCGUCGUGGCGACACCUCGGGCCGCGGCACCAAGGGCCAGCGAUCGCGCGCGGGAAGUGGGGCGCGUCCCGGGUUCGAGGGCGGGCAGAUGCCGUUGUAUCGACGGAUCGCUCGUCGCGGCUUCAGCAACCACCCGUUCCGGAAGAUAUACCAGACAAUCGAUGUGCGUGACCUCAACCGCUUCGAGAACGGCACUGCCGUCGACCGACAGGCACUCGUCGAAGCCGGCGUGAUCGGGUCGGUCAGAGUGCCGGUAAAGCUGCUCGGAUCGGGGGCCCUUGAACGGGCACUGACCGUGCGGCUCGAUCGCGCAUCCGCCGGAGCUCGGCAGAAGGUGACGGCGGCCGGCGGUUCGAUCCAUGUUACCGGCGACGGACCCGAUGACGCCGCUUCGGACGAUCCGGCAGCCGACGAGUCGAACUGA